AUGGCAGAUGAGGGUCGUUCUGCGGCAGAUAGGGGCAGCGAUGUCGAUUUCUGCUCUCUAGCCAUGUUCAUCCUGGACGAGAUUGAAUUUGGAGACUCGCGACCGGCUGUGAAGAAUGUUAUUGGGGGUGCGGCGUCGUUUGCUGCCGUCGGUGCACGGCUGGUGGCAGGAGACGAGCAUGCGCAGGCUGUAAGCUGGAUUGUUGAUACCGGCUCGGACUUUCCUCACGAAGCGUUAGACGUGAUUAAUUCGUGGGGGACGAGCUGCGUGAUCCGAGAGGACAGGAAGAGACUAACUACUCGAGCGUGGAAUGGCUAUGGAGUCAACGAGAAACGCGAUUUCAAAUACCUGACGCCCAAGCUGAGGAUGGAGGCAUCAAGUCUGUCAGAGGCUCAGGUGCUUUCCAGGACCUUCCAUAUGGUUUGCUCCGCGUCUCGUUGCAUUUCUCUAGUCGAGGCAAUUCUGGAGAGACGAGAGGAGCUCCGGCGGAGGAACAAGGCCCCGUCGGCAGCUCAUGCCGCGCAGCGACCGAUUUUCGUGUGGGAACCAAACCCAGACCUCUGCACACUUGAGGAACAGGAACAGUUCUUAGUGGCGAGCCAGUACGUGGACGUGGUAAGCCCGAACGAACUGGAGCUAGGCACGCUGUUUGGCCGUAGCGGGUGGAGCGAGGACAACGCCGAUGAUCGAGAACUGGUACGGAGAAUCCUCGACUCGGGUAUCGGUCCCCAGGGGGAGGGCUUUCUGGUCAUCCGGUCGGGGAAACAGGGGAGUUACUCGUACUCGAGGACACAUCAGAUCUGGCUGCCUGCCUAUCAUCAACCGGGGGAGAAUGUCGCGGCGGCUACGUCACCCGUGGUCGAUCCUACAGGCGCGGGCAAUUCUUUCCUAGGCGCCUUGGCUCAGGGACUGGUGAGUACAGGCAGGGCUCCCGACCGAGUCGUCGACUCCGUCCUCUCGGGUUCUACUACCUGGAACCGGGUGGUAACUUCCUGGGGCAGACAAAGGCAUGUCAUCACGGCCCUAAUUUGCGCCACCGUUGCAGCCGGUUUCGUGGUAGAACAAAUCGGUGUGCCACGAAUCUCGUGGUCGAAAGAAGGAAAAGAACGCUGGAACGAAACUGAAUUCACGGAACGAGUCCGUCUGUACACGCAGCGGUUAUAUAGAACAGUUGAAGAGUCCCCCAGCGACAUCUGCUGAUGGAUUGAUCUCGACCGUUUUGAGAGAGAAACACCUUCUAUUUGUCGUACAGCCCAUAGUAAUAGACAUAGAAUAUUGGAAAUUGUCCGCUGUCCCAGAAAUCAUUCCACAAAUCACUUUGAAGCACCACCUAUACCCACACCGAUAUCUAUGACUCGUUCUUGGCGGCCUGUGCUUUUUCGUGUUCACGGAUCUCCCUGCUCCAGUAUCGGCUAGGGAAGAACCGGCCAGGCUCCGGGAACCGGUCGCGGUGUUCGCGGUCCGCACUGAUGCUCCAGGUAACCGCCGCAAUUCCAAUCACCAUAGCACCCAUGAUGGCCGUGUUGGCUUUCCAGUUCGCCGGCUGAGCGUACCAGCCUCCAGCAGGAGACCAGACUUCCUUGGGGUAG